AUGUCCAUUUCCUCGUCGUCAAGCUUCUUCCCAUUGCAUACUCUUAAUGAGGACUUCUCUGUGGAGAUUCAAGACGAGUCCCGUGAUCUCGAACACAGUCAGUUCAAGAUCAGAUACAGAUCGAACUCGGUAGUGUCUGGAACUUCUGAAAGCUCAUUGAACUUUGAUACUUUGCCUACUAUCAAGGUGAUUGGUACAGGAGGAACCAUUGCUUCAAAAGGGUCCUCUGCACAUCAGACUGCCGGCUAUGAAGUUGAUCUUACCAUUGAGGACUUGAUCAAGUCCAUUCCCGAUAUUCUGACCACCUGCUUGUUGGAAUACGAACAGUUGUUGAACAUAGACUCUAAGGAAUUUGGCACCAAGGAAUUGAUUCAGUUGUACUCUAAAAUAAUGCUGGAACUCCCCAAAUACGACGGCUUUGUCAUCACCCACGGAACCGAUACAAUGGAGGAAACUGCUUUCUUCUUGCAGCUCACCAUCAACACUUACAAGCCUAUAGUCAUGUGUGGAUCUAUGAGACCUUCCACUGCCAUUUCCUCAGAUGGGCCCAUGAACUUGUACCAGGCUUGUGUUAUCGCUGCUAGUAGAGAAUCUCGAGGCAGAGGUGUCAUGGUAGCCCUUAACGAUAGAAUUGGUUCUGGCUACUAUAUCACCAAGUCCAAUGCAAACUCAUUGGAUACCUUCAAAUCCAUAGGUCAGGGCUACGUAGGAAACUUCGUAGAUAAUGAGAUUCAUUACUAUUUCCCUCCAGCAAAACCACUCGGUAUGACAUAUUUUAACUUGAGGCUUCCGUUGGCUGAUAACGAUCUUCCACUGGUUCCAAUUCUUUAUGCUCACCAGGGCUUCAACAACAAGAUAAUAGACGUGACUGUUAAAGAACUUGAAGCUAAGGGUCUUGUUAUUGCUACCAUGGGAGCAGGCUCUUUGGCAGAUGAAACCAAUCAGUACUUAUCCGAUUUGGUGGAGAGCAUGGAAAUACCAUUUCCAAUUAUCUACACCAAGCGUUCUAUGGAUGGAAGGGUACCUCUUGGAUCAAUCCCCAAGGUCAGAACUGAAGAUCAUACUUCACUUUCUACUUUCGAAAGUGCUAUUCCUGGAGGCUACUUGAAUCCACAGAAGGCUAGAAUCCUUUUGCAGUUGUGUCUUUAUGAGGACUACAAUAUGCAAGAGAUCAAAAAGGUGUUCAAGGGUGUAUGA